AUGUCCAAAUUGCCUCGUACAGCUUACGAGGGUGACCUAUGUGCUCGGGUUGUCCAUACUCUCGUCAACGCUUGGCGCAUCCCGCCAGGCAGCCGCAUCCUCGAAAUUGGAUGCGGACAAGGCACGACAACUGCGGUUUUGGCCGAAGCCGUGGGUCCAACUGGCCAUGUUGACGCCGUGGAUCCAGGACGUCCAGACUACGGAUCUCCCUGGACGCUGGCUCAGGCACAAGAGCAUCUUUCCCAAAGCGCUAUAGGAGAUCGCAUCUCGUGGAACUUUGCCGAUCCGAUCGACUACUUGGCGGCGAAUGCGGAUAAAUCGUGGGACUAUGUCGUCUUUGUCCACUGCAUCUGGUACUUUGACUCGCCUGCCACGCUCACCAAGAUGCUGGGCGCCUUGAAGGGGCGAGCAACGUCUCUUCUUGUUGCGGAAUACGCUCUCAAGGCGACGGAGAAGAAUGCUCUGCCACAUGUCCUUGCUUCGGUGGCGCGAGCUACCCUCGAGGCGCACAACAAGGGCAGCCAAGCUAAUAUUCGGUGCCUUUCCAGUCCGGGUGCCAUUACUGAUGCUGCUAAUGAGAAUGCCUGGACUCUUGAUGGAGAGACUUUCCUGGUGCCCGAAGCGGGACUCUUGGAUGGCCAGUGGGAGACGGGAACAGUCAAAAGUCCAAACUUUUUGAAGGAGAUUGAAGAAAAGGUGGAGGAUCCAAAGGUCAGGGCGCUCUUGCGCUCGGCUCGAGAUGGCGUUCUUGGAGUUUUGGAGACGAUGGAGGUGAAGAAGUCGUGGACCAUGGAUGUUUGGGCUGCCACCUUUCACUAG